AGUCCCAGCAUCUAGGGGAGGUCCGGGCCUCCGGCCCUGGCACAAGCUCUUCGCGGCCCGAGAAUGUUCCUGCUUCUGUGGUGUGCCCACCGCGCUGUGCUCGCCGUGCGCGUCGAUCACCAGCAGCCAGGCCGUCCUGCUCUGGGACGGGGCGCGCGGGUCACUGCGGUAACGGCCACGGCUCUCCUCUCUGCCCGGAAACAGAUGCCGUUGACAACCACAGACCGUUUCAGGAGAAGCCCGGCCUCACCGGCAAGCGGGAGCUCCCGCCUGAGGACGCGGCCAGGCCAGGAAGCUUCGCCAGGCCGAUGUCCGAGGACGCUGUUGUGCGCACGAUAAUCGAGUUUCUGACUUUCUUGCGUCUCAAAGGUAUGUGAAAUGUUACCAAUU